AUGGAGUACUUCGAUUUCGAUGAAGCCUCAUAUGGUUCCAACGUGCGCGAAGAUGAUGUUGCCUCGGACAAUCUCGAGUUCGACGAGAAUGAGGCCGCUGAAAACUACAACGCCAUAUUUCAGGAACAGAGCCUAGAAUUUCCCAACGACCUACCGGAGCAAGAUACCGGUAAAUUGGACAACGGCGUCUAUCCCAUGAGUCGCGCCGAGGAGCCAUGCGACUUUUGCAGGCACAUGAAUCUGGAUUGUUUUGUCGCGAAGAGUGGAGUGAUGCGUCAGAAUGGCUGUACUUGCUGCAUUUCGCUUUACCGUGAAUGCAGCUUCACCCACGCUACAGCACCUGGCAAGUUCUUGGACACCUUACAUCCGAUUUCCGAGAAUACCUACAUUCAUACCGGUGGUUUGACCGGAAAGAAGGCGCUCAAAUCGUUGUCCUUCAUCGCUGAAGAUGAUGGCCGAGCGAGAAAAAGCAAUUCACGACUGGCGCGGGAAGCGGUCCGCAUCCUCAAAGCAUGGCUUCAGGAACAUUGGGAGCACCCCUAUCCAACUGAGCAGGAAAAAGACGAGUUACAGCAACGCACAGGUCUGAAGAGGAUGCAAAUCUCCAACUGGCUUGCUAAUGCUCGGAGACGUGGUAAAGUUCCUCCCGGGCCGCGCAACUCGUCGGCGACGGGCGCAAUCAACAUUCCCGGACAAAAAGGCGUGGACGUCACUUACAUGACACCCAUGGAGCGUUGGAAACACUCGCCCCCUGAAAACGAACCCGCUGCCACAUCUGAUAUUCUGCGAGCCCUGGUCACGACCGACCUGAAUCAUGACCGACAGCGCGCAUCCAGACCAGGUCACGUGCGUUCCCUUUCCCGGAAGACUGGGUCUAGCAAUGACUCAAGCCAUGCCAACUCCAAUUUGUUCCAUGCCCCCUCGGUCAGUAGUCAGGAAACAAGUCGAUCAGCCACUCGUUCCUCUAUAUCAGACCUUUCCUUUGCCUCUGCUUUCUCCCACCGAUCCUCUCUCGGCUCCUUCGGCUCUAUGGAGCGGAAGGAACGCCGUCGCCGGCGCAAGCCCUCACUUCCCGUCAACACCUUCAACCAACAAAAGGCACGCAAUGCUCGCAUAUACCAGUGCACUUUCUGCACCGACUGUUUCCAAACAAAGUAUGACUGGCAACGCCACGAGAAGUCACUACACUUGGCUCUUGAAAAGUGGACUUGCUCGCCAUUGGGGGGCGUGGCCUUCAUAGAUGGCGCCAACCGUUGUGUAUUCUGCAUGGCUGUUGAUCCCAACAACGAUCAUUUAGAAUCACACAACUACAGUACCUGCCAAGAGAAGACACCCGCAGAGCGAUCUUUUUACCGGAAGGAUCAUCUCAACCAGCACUUGAGAUUGAUGCACAACGUCAAGUUUGACUCAGCCAUGAACGCCUGGAGGAGCACUCUGACAGAAUUCAAAUCUCGAUGUGGCUUCUGCGGGUUGAGUCUAACAACUUGGAAAGACCGGGUUGACCAUUUGGCUUCCCAUUUCAAGAAUGGCAGUACCAUGGCGCAGUGGCAGGGCGAUUGGGGGUUUGAACCCUUCAUCCAGGGUCUGGUCGAGAAUGCAAUGCCACCGUAUCUCAUUGGAGGCGAGCAGAAGACUCUGAAUCCUUUCAAGCCACCCAAUGCUGCGCAAACAGCUGGUCUUCUCCAUUCAGAAGAUGUGAAUUGUUAUAGGCGCCUGCAGCGUGAACUCACCGCAUAUAUUCACAGCCAGAGGGCCAUCGGCAUCAUUCCAACGGAUCGUAUGAUACAGGACGAAGGCCGGCGAAUCAUAUAUGGAAGCGACGACCCGUGGAAUCAAACGUGCGCCGAUAAUUCAACUUGGCUUAGUCUUCUGAAGCGAGACGCAGGUCUCGAAGUUCUCCCAGGGUCAGAGCACAUUCAACUUUCUGACUUGGGUAUGCGACCGCCAUUUGCUGCUGCUGACGGCCUCAAACAGCCCCCAGCCGAAACCAGCAUGCUAUCCAGCCCUCUCUACCCCCGACAGGGCACAUUCAGUCCCGUGACCCCAAACUCUGGGCUCCAGAGCCCCGCCUUUAUGGGGCACGGUCGGUCUUCCUUUGCCGCCAGUGCUCCUGGGAGCUCCACUGGCAGCUAUGCCGAAAGUUCUGGCUUUCUCCCGUCUCGGCCCUAUUCCAGGUUGUCGGCUGACGUGGGGAGUAGCCUGUCUGCUGGCAUGGCGUCCCUCAACACGCCUCUGAGCGGAUCUGUUGACCAAUUCGUGCAAAUGGGGUUCGAUCCCGAGUUCUUACAACAACUGAAUGAACGGUAUGAUGAGUUGCCGUUGGACGAUAUGCAGGGAUUGUGUUUUGAAGAGAGUAAUAGGCGUGAGGGCGAAGCUGGACAACAUCAAGCAGACCCAACUGGAAAGUCUCUGCCUUUCUCUGCCCCUGUCUCGGCCCCAAUAGCUAUUCCUGGUAUGCGGAGCUCCGAGGUCUUUAUGUCUGAUACGGGUCCCAACGAGGAGCUUGCACCAACGACGGAUCUGGGAUAUCCAGGCAUGCAUGAGGGCUGA